UGUAAGUUGUAAUCUAUUUUUUAUUGAAGUUAUUGAAUUUCAUAUAAAAUAUUUAAAUUCAUUAAGGGAUGUUAAUAGGGCCAUCUUAGAAAUGUCAGUCAGAAGCAACCAUUCAGUUAGUAAAUAUGUAAAUAUGGAAUUUCGCAUGCGCUGGCACAGGCGUAUUUUCAGGGGUGAAAGAAAGGAAACAAUUUGUAUCAACAUUCGAUAACGUACACAGAAUUGUCAUUUUUAUAUUAAAAGUCUUUUUUAUAAAUUUAGCAAUAAAUAUUUGUAUUAAAUAAAACAUGGCUGAAUUUCAAAAUAUGCCGGAUGGUGAUGAUUUGAAUUCAGAAUCUGUGGAGGUGUUACGUGCACGUCUAAAUACAAUGAAAAAAUUAAUGGCCGAACGCACUGCCCAACAACAACAAAAUCCUGCUACCACGGAAGAAAUUUGGUCCACGAAGCGUCACACCACAGGCAUCAUUGAUGGGAACUUUCUCAGUUUCGCAUUUGCUGGUGCUUUAAUGGUUAUAAUAACGGUUUCCAUAUAUGCCUUUUAUAAUUUAUACCACGCAAUACUUAAAAAAUUUCCAUCGCAUCACGAGGAACUUUAAUUACAUACAUUGAUAUUGUACGUUUAAAUUCGAAAUAGACUUGAAUAUAAAAUCGCUGUAGACAAAUUUUGAUUAAAUUGUUUUUAAGUCGACAUAUAAUCCUAAGUUUUAAUAAACGGUUUUCUAAAGUGAAAUCAAUUUCGAGUAUAUAACAUGAAUAUAUAUAUAUAUGUAUGUAUACAUAAAGCAA